AUGACCAAUUCAAACUUUCCAUUUCAAUUUCCUCACUUUUCCAAAGACAAUUUUGAUAAUUGGUGCAUUCGUAUGGAGGCACUGCUUGGAUCGCAAGAUACUUCGGAAAUUUUAGAAAGAGGUUAUGAUGAGCCUCGUGAAAAAGCUGCUUUGAGUCCUAAUCAAAGAGAGGCUUUACAAAAACUUCGAAAGAAGAAUCAACAAGCUCUAACCCUUAUUUAUCAAUGUUUGGAUGAAGUUAUGUUCGAGAAGGUAGCAAAUGCAACCACCUCCAAGCAAGUAUGGGAGAUUCUCCUAAACUCCUAUCAAGAAAUUGAUAAUGUGAAGAAAGUUCGCCUUCAAACAUUAAGAGGCGAAUUUGAAGUUUUUCGAAUGAAAGAAUCCGAGUCGAUCGUGGAUUAUUUUUCAAAGAUAAGGAAGAAGAGCAAGAAAGGAGCCAAAGAGAACAAGGGCGUGGACGAGGUUGUGGCCAUGGUAGAGGAAAAGGAAGAAGCGGACAUAAUAGUUUCAAUUACGAAGAGAAAGGUCAAGCAUCAAAAGGACGAGGAAGAAGAAAUAAUUUGA